AUGGCGAACAACCUGAACGUGGCAGCCCCAGACGUCAUACGACUGAUCCUGCAAUACUUGAAGGAAAAUAACUUAAUGAGAUCCUUUUACGUUUUGCAAGAAGAAAGCAAUGUAAAGCUAAACGCAGUAAGCAACGUUGACUUGCUGAUAAGAGACAUACACAAAGGAGAUUGGAAAAAUGUGCUAUACAAUAUAACGACAAUUGAGCUAUCUGACGAAACACUCAUAAAUUUGUAUGAACAGCUAAUAUGCGAACUUAUAGAAUAUAAAGAAAAUGAGCUAGCCGAAAAGAUAAUGAGUGAAUGCAUUAUAUUUAAAAAAAUGAAAAAAAUGUAUGGAGAAAAAUAUCACAAAUUGGAGGAUCUGCUCAGUAUGAACAGUAUGGCAUUAAAAUGGCAGAAUCAUCACAACCUUAUAAAAAAAAAUAAAGAAAAUAACAAUUUUGAUAUCUUUAGAAAUUUAGAAAAAAACGAAUCCAUAGGUAUAGAUGUGUACCCAGAAAGAAUUCUAAAAAGUAUAAGUUUUGGAAAAGAAUCGAAUGUAGAAUGUUGUAUAUGUUCGUACACCCACGAUUACUUAAUUACGGGUUCAUCUGAUGGGUUCAUAGAAAUAUGGAGUUGGCUAACUGGGCAGCUAAACAGCGAUUUAACAUACCAGUAUAAUAAUAACAUCAUGAUGCAUGACAAUCCGAUUGUUUCUCUAUGCAUUAGUAAGGAUGAUGAAAUUUUAAUUAGUGCCGAUUCUAAGGGGUUAAUCAAAAUAUGGAAAAUAAAAACGGGUUCCUGUCUAAGAUCUAUUAAUGCACAUACGAAUGCAGUGACAUCUGUUCAUUUUAAUAAUGAUCAAACACAAAUCUUAACAUCAUCAUAUGACCUUUCUGUUAAAAUUUUUGGAUUAAAAUCAUUGAAAUGUUUAAAAGAGUUUAGAAAACACUCUACUGUUGUCCACUCAUCUGUGUACUCUUUAGAUAAUUCAAAAGUCAUAUGUGGCACAGAAGAAGGAAAAAUAUUUAUAUAUAAUCAGAAAACUUGUGAGUGUAUUACUUCAUUUUAUGUAUAUUACAAUAUAAAGGAUAAUAUAAAUUUCCCCUCUGUCCAUACCAUUACUUUGUUGACAAAAACGCUCGAUGAACUUAUCCUAGUAUGCUCUAAAUCGCCCUAUUGCUACCUUAUGAAUUUUAAAGGACAGAUUAUUAAGACUUAUACUUAUUUAGCAGACAAGGUGGAGGAAGAAAACCCUGUGCACUUUGUCUCUGCGUGCCUCUCCCCCAAUUCUAAAUAUGUCUACUGUUUGGCGGAAAACCAGUACCUUUAUUGCUUUAAUUAUAGCACCGCCAAGCUGGAGACGCAACUCAAGGUCCUCGAGGAAGACGCACUUGGGGUGCUCCAUCACACUAGCCAGGAUCUCAUGGCCACCUGGGCGCUAGACGGCACGCUCAACGUGAUACAGUAG